AUGAGCCACUGGUCCAGUUGCCGAAACUUCAAGAUGCACGGGCAGAUGCUCGUGGCCGAAAAGUUGGCAGCCUGUCCAACCGUGGGAGCAGAGUUGCACAAGAACUCUCAUGCGGACACGACUAUCGAGCAGUACCGGCACAAUGGGCUUAGUGCCAAGGAAGCCUGCUGUGCUUGCGGCGGGGGUAUGCAGGCCAGCACGCCAUUCACCUACCUGGCUUCCAGUCGAUCCUUUGUGCUUGGCGAGGCGAUGAGUGACCAGCCCUACCCACGAACUGCUUCCAGCUACCGCGUGGCCGGAGUCCUUGAAGGUACUGGCUGCGACCUGCACUCACUGGGCUUAGUGCUGGAUCCCCGCACCGGCAGGAUCGCCGGCACGCCAACCGCGGAGGAACCAGCGGAAGUGGAAUGCAUCAUUGAGGCAGUGCAGGACGAGAGUCUGGGCAUCACGGCCAACACCACGGUCAAGAUUGACCUGCAGUACUUCGCUUACGACGCCCGCUUGUUGUCGUUUCCUGCUCCUUCGAAUUCCAAGUACAUGCCGCACACGAAGUACAUUUCGCGCCGAGCAGGUGGUUACAGCAACUGGCGCGUUGCUUGCACCCCGAACGCUAUAUGGCUUAGCAUCAACUCUGGUACCGGAGAGCUGUCCUCUAUCAAGGGCCUUGGCACCUAUGUGCCUGAGGCCGCGUUCUGCACAGUCACAGUGUUCAACGGAACGAUGGACCUGACGCACUCACUUGGCGUUGUCCAUCCGAACCAUUGGGCUUCCAUGCAGCUCAAGCAAAUUGUGGGAGACAAGAAGGUCGACGCCGGUUCUGUUCUGAACUUGAUCGCUGCGAGGGCGAUACCUCCAUUGGUUCUUGCUUCCGGCGAUUCUUCCACACCGCCAGUGGCGUUCUAUGCGAGCUGCUCUUCCAGCGGUCUGGAUGUGAAGUUCGACCUUACCACUGGCGACGUCGUAGUGCAAGGCCACGUGGCCUUCCGUUUGGACGUGCUGACCGGCGAAAUUCUGGGCAUCCCAGACAUGGGUGUGCUCAGCCGCAGACUGAACGCCAGAGGGUCUUGA